AUGACUGAUAAUCUUUCAAAAAGUCUUAAAUCAACUGAAUAUGAAUUAUCUUGGGCAAAUCGAGGUUUAAAAGGAAAUAGUGCUGAUGAUGUUAAAGAAUUAUGUGAUGCAAUUGAACAAUAUAAACAAUUAGUAGCUUUACGUCUUGAAGGUAAUACAAUUAAUGAAGAAGCUGCAACAGCUAUUGGUAAAGCAUUAGAAAAACAUAGUGAAAUUCAACGUUUAAUUUGGAAUGAUUUAUUUACAACACGACUUAAAACAGAAGUACCACCAUCAUUAAUUAAAUUAACUCAAGGUCUUAUAAUAAAUGGUGCUCAUAUUGUUGAAAUUAAUUUAAGUGAUAAUGCAUUUGGUCCAAUUGGUGUUAAAGGUCUUGAAACAUUUCUUUGUUCAUCAGCAUGUUUUACACUUGAAGAACUUCGACUUAAUAAUUGUGGUAUGGGUAGUGAAGGUGGAAAAUUAUUAGCUGAAGCAUUAAUUACAUGUCAUAAAAAUAGUCAAGGAAAAUUUGCUUUAAAACAAUUUGUAGCUGGUCGAAAUCGUCUUGAAAAUGAAGGUGCACAAGCAUUAGCAAAAGCAUUUGAAAUUAUUGGUACAUUAGAAGUAAUUCGUAUCCCACAAAAUGGUAUGCGACCACCAGGUAUUGAAGCAUUAGCUAAUGCAUUUGUACAAAAUCAAAAUUUACGUACUAUUGAUCUUAAUGAUAAUUCAAUAACAUUAGCAGCACAAAAAUUAUCAUUAGCUAUUGAAAAAUUACCAAAAUUAGAAAUUCUUAAUCUUGAAUCAUCACUUAUACGUACAAAAGGUGCUAUUGCUAUAGCACGAGCUAUUGUUUCACAUAAAAAUCUUCAAGAAUUAUAUCUUGGAUGUAAUGAUAUACAUACUGAAGGUGCACUUGAAAUAGCACAUGUUGUUAAAAAUAUGUCAUCAUUAAAAAUAUUAGAUUUAAAUGGUAAUUGUUUUGGUCCUGAUGGUAUUGAUGAAAUUCGUCAUGCACUUGAAAAUAAAAAUUUCGUUCAUCAAAUGGUAUUCAGUGAUGAUGAAGGUAGUGAUGAAGAAGAAGAAGAAGAAGAAGAAAAUGAAGGUGAAGAUGAAUAUGAUGAAGAAGAUAAUGAUGAAGAUUAUGAAGAUCAAGAAGAAGAAGAAGAAGAAGAGGAUGUUGAAUCGCCAUCCUUCUUUUUUGGUAAAACUUCUACUCAACCAACAUGGAAUCCUUUUCAAUUCGGUACUACGAAACCUAAUUCAACUCAACCAGAAUCUGUUAGUGGUCUUUCAAGUAUGAUGGCUAGUUUUAAUGUUUGUUCACCGUUUAGUUUUGGUUUACAAUCAACUAUUGAAACAAAAGAAAAUAAAUGGACAACAUUUACUAAUUUUGAUAAAGUUAAAGAAUAUUUAAAAAAUGAUGAACAAUCUACUGAACGUGCUGUAAAAUUACUUGAAGAUAUAUGGAGUGAUAAUUCCAUAUCACAAAAUGAAAGUUCAUCAAUUGCUUCAAAUACUUUAAAAGCAUUAACAUUUACAGAAGAUAGUGAACGUAAUUUUAAUGAACGUUUACUUGUAUCAUUAGGUUUUGUUAAAGAUGAACAAACCGGACGACAACGUCGUACAAUAAAUCAACGUGAUAAAAUAUUUAAAACACUUGUUGAUAUUAAUCAAUUCUUACCAAAAUCAACAAAAAAUCUUCUUUCUGUUUUUCUUCAAAAUACACCGAACGAAAAACUUCAAUGUUUACCCGAAAUUAAACAACAAUUAUUAUCAACAUUAAAAGGAUAA